AUGUCCUCAUCCGAGGGAUUCGCCUCCUCUAGCAAUCAACUCGUGAUCGAUCCCGCUCUCACAAAUCCGAGCGAGGAUUUUGCGGUCUUUGCGGCCCUCGCCAACGGUGUUGCGGAAGACGAUGGCCACUCCACGCUGCAGGCUGCCAUAGUAGCCUCUCUCACGGCUCAUCAGCACGAUGAUCCUCAAGGGCAAGUGACAUUCGGUGACGAACACUCCGAUCACUCUACGUUCGACCCUUACGCGUCUGCCAAUGCCCAAGCGGGUCCCUCUUCUCUGCCUGCGUCCGCCCCUGCACCCACAGACGCGCCCGUUUCAUCAUCGAACGCGCCCCCUCCCCCUCCCGCAACGUCAGCCGGUAUCUCUACCAAUGCCGAAGGUCAUCUGGUCCACGACCCUCCCCCCACAGGGCCUUGGCCCACUCGCGACGAAGCUCACGGCGCCGUCCGCGAAUACGCCCUUACCCACAAUUUCGAUGUCAACGUCACGCACUCUGACGUAUAUCGCCGCGUCAUCACCCUGGGGUGUGUCAAAGGCGGAACCUACAGGUGCACCCGAGGUCCGGCACACGAGCAAGUUAGGCAGAGAGGAAAGAGAUCGGGCAAGACGGGGUGUAUGUGGAGGGUGACGCUGAGAGAUGGGCCGCCGCAGGAAGGGCAAGAGGUUGAGGGAAGGUGGAACUUUUCUGGUUUGACGGACCUUGUCAACGAACACAACCACCCUCCGAUAACCCCCAGCCAGAACCCCAAGGCGCGACACCGUACGAUCACGCUCGAGAUCAAAGAGUUUGUGUACAUGGAGGUUGACCAGGGGACGCCGACGAGGCAGAUCUGGGGCAAGGUCCAGAAGGCAUUUCCGGAUUGUCUCGCGAAUUUGGUAGACAUCAAAAAUAUAGUGGGAAGGAGGAAGAAGGAGCUGCCGACGGUUUGA